AUGAUUGAGUCGUUGAGUGAAUACUUGGUGUCCGAAGAGGUCCUCAAUUCCCAUUUAAGACGGUUGACAGACAAGUCGUUGAGUUUGAACUCAAUUGCACUGAAAGGCGACACCGAGGACUCACUUUUAGGACAUCCACUCGACGUAUAUCUCCUCAUCAGACGAAUGGCUAUCGACUGGAAAGAAGUGAAAGAUUUGUUGCGAACCAAAGACCAGCGCUUAAGUGAUGUCCAAAUGAGACAAAUCGGUGGUCACUCUAACCAUACAAAUGCAUUAAAUGUCACGUUUGACUCGCAAUUUGUGUCCAGUGGUCAUGAGAUUAUCACUAAUAAAGAACUAAAAGACGCGGCGUUUGGAGUGAUAAGUCUCGUCAGUACUUAUGAUUUGGAUAUCAAGUCAUUAGCGAAUGGAUUCAUUAGAUCUAAGACCAGUUCCAGUGCUGACAUGACUUCACAUGAAAAUCAAUCCAAAUAUGCUUUAAAUGCUUUCGACUGCUAUUUGAUAGGAAAACAAACGUUUGAUAACAAGGAGUACUCGAAUGCAAAGCAAUGGUUGAUAGAAGCGAUCGAUAGAUUGGAUGACAUGACCAGCGAUGAGAUAAUUAUAGAUAUUUUUAAUUACCUGUCAUUUUGUGAACUGAAAAUUGGAAAAUCAAGUGAAGCCCAGAAAUAUAAGAGACUGUCGGCCGCUAUAAAGCCAGACAUCGAGACAAAUGAAUUGAUUUCAGAGAUCAAAGUGUUUAACGACAUGAAUACCACUUCUUCUGAAAAACUUAUGAAUGACUCGAUUGCCUCUAAACUCAAGUGUUUUCACUUAAACACAACGAAAACACCGUUUUUACGGUUGACUCGCAUUAAAGUGGAAGAGAUGUACAAAAGUCCGCAAAUCGUUGUAAUUCAUGACUUCCUGUCGGAAUACGAGACACAAACCAUCAUCUCUUUGGCUCAGACAUCACUCGACAGAGUAAUUGUCGCGAAUGUCAGUCGAGUGAACGUCCGACUGGCUCGGGGCAGUUGGCUUGGGGACAGACGCCACAAACUCGUGCACACAAUCAGCCGACGUAUCGGUGCCAUCACUGGCCUUAACAUGCAUUUCGCCGAAGCAUACAAUGCUAUUAAUCCAAACAUAUCAAUAAACAAUAAGGUGCGCAUCGCCACGUGGAUCAACUACCUGAGCGAUUUGAGCGCCGGUGGGGCCACAGUAUUCCCACUCCUCAAUGUUACCGUCAACUCGAUGGACAGCUCCGGCACAGCGGGUGUCCUGUACUGGUGGGACACAAAUGGAUUGCCACCAAAUGGGUCCGAUUGA